ACAAAAUUAGCAGAUAAUGUCUGGACCAGCAAUCGGAGUCAAUCUAGGAACAACAAACUCAUGUGUUGGUGUUUGGCAACAUGAUGCUAAUGAUCAGGGCAACAGGACCACCCCCUUUAACGUUGCAGAAUGUAUAGAAAGUAACCUUCGUAAGCUUAAUUCCGCGAGUCCUGAUGACCAGCGAGCUGCUGCUGGUGAAAUCCGCCUCCUUGCAAAGCGGAAUGCUGAUAACCGUGUGGCUAUAGCUGAGGCUGGAGCCAUCCCACUCCUUACACAUCUCCUGACCGCACCUGAUUCCCUCACACAAGAACAUGCAGUUACUGCUCUUCUGAACCUCUCAAUACGUGAGGAUAACAAAGGGAGUAUAGUAUCUUCCGGGGCUCUCCCAGGUUUAGUUCAAGUUUUGAGAACAGGUAGCAUGGUAGCACGAGAAAAUGCAGCUGCUACCCUUUUUAGCCUCUCUGUUAUUGACGAAUACAAGGUGGCAAUUGGUAAUUUAGAAGCUAUCCCACCUCUUGUGUUACUUUUAAAAGAAGGUACUCAAAGAGGGAAGAAGGAUGCGGUCACAGCGUUAUUUAAUUUGUGUAUAUAUCAAGGCAAUAAAGGAAGGGCGGUGAGGGCAGGUUUGGUGCCUACUUUAAUGCGGCUCACAGAACCAGAGAGUGUGAUGAAGGGUGAAGCAUUAGCCAUUUUAGCUAUAUUAUCAAGUCACCCGGAGGGUAAGUUGGCUAUAGGUGAUCAAGCUGAGGUGGUGCUAGUUUUGGUGGAGCUCAUCGGUAAUGGUUCACCGAGGAAUAAAGAGAACGCAGCUGCUAUUUUGGCCAAUCUUUGUUCUGCUGAUCAAAAGUAUCUGGUGGAGGCUCAAGAAAUUGGAGUUAUGGGAGUACUGGCGGAUUUGCUACAUCAUGGCACUGAUAGAGGAAAGAGACUAGCCAAGCAGUUGCUAGAAAAGAUGCAGAGAUAAGCUGAGGUGUUGUGGUUCAAUGGACUCAGAUUGGGCUCAUGGGCCCAUUGUGGGCAAUGUGCAGGUGCUACAAGAAGUCAAUGAUCUAGGAUAAGCCAAAAGUCAAUGAGUUUUUUUAGUCUAGCUGGAAUUGGUUAUUUAAUUAUUAUUUGCUUCUGUGUAUCGUUAUCUAUUUAUCUUAUAUAUGUUUCAGAAGAUAUAUGUUUUCUUCCCAAGUCCUUAUUUGUAGGCUUAGGAUUAGUAAUAUAUUAAGUUUGUUUUCAAUAGUAAGACAGUACUUUGAGUUCGAUUUUGAAAAUUAAUAAAAAUC